AUGAGGCCGCACGGGGCGGGGACGGGCGGCGGUGGCGUGGGGAGGCGGAAGGCGGGGGCCGCCGCUGCUGCGGCGAGCCGAGAGUGGAUGGUGGUGCCGGCGUCGGGCCCGGCGCGGGUAGAGGAAGCCGGGAAGCACGCGGUGAUGGCGCGUACGGGGCUUCCUGCGCGCGAUCUCAGGGUGCUCGACCCGUUACUCUCGUACCCGUCCACGAUCCUGGGCCGCGAGCGCGCCAUCGUCGUCAACCUGGAGCGCGUCAAAGCCCUGAUCACAGCCGCGGAGGUGCUGCUUCCAAACAGCAAGGAUCCCGCCUUCGCGCGCUUCGUCCGCGACCUCCAGAGCCGCGUCCUCGCAUCUUCCUCGGAUCAGGCAGCUGAGCUCACUGACAUGGAAGGUGAAUCAUCUGCGGUUGCUUCACCAUUUCCUGUACCAAGUUCAUCCAAAGGACAUGAAGUGGAGAUGACUAAGAAGACUACCGCUGUUGUGCCUGAAAUGACUAGCAGCACCAGUAUGCCCAAUUUAGCUAUUGCAAAAGAUGGAAAUACCAAGGUUUUGCCUUUCGAAUUUCGAGCUCUCGAAGUUUGCCUUGAGUCAGCCUGCAGAUCUUUGGAAGAGGAAACUUCUACUCUGGAGCAAGAGGCAUAUCCAGCAUUGGAUGAGCUGACAUCGAAGAUCAGCACAUUAAACCUUGAACGGGUUAGGCAAAUCAAGAGCCGUCUGGUUGCGAUAUCUGGUCGAGUACAGAAGGUGAGGGAUGAGCUUGAGCAUUUACUGGAUGAUGAAAUGGAUAUGGCUGAAAUGUACUUGACAGAGAAGCUUACUCAACAAGAAUUCAGUGAGGCUUCAUCUAGAGUGGAGGUUGAUGAUCCAUCUCAGACAGAAGAGGAUAGGGAUGAAGAAUAUAGAAGUGAGCCAGAUGGAAGCAAUGGUAGCUUUAUUGGUUAUAAGCCUAAUAUUGAAGAACUGGAGAUGCUUCUAGAGGCUUACUUUGUGCAAAUUGAUGGCACACUUAACAAGCUAUCACAUUUGAGGGAGUACGUUGAUGACACAGAAGAUUAUAUCAAUAUAAUGCUGGACGACAAGCAGAAUCAGCUGCUGCAGAUGGGGGUUAUGCUCUCAACUGCUACUGUUGUCAUUACUGCUGGAGUGGCUGUAGUUGGUCUUUUUGGUAUGAAUAUUGGCAUAUCACUUUACAAUCCAGCAACUGAGGAGGAAACUCGAGCAGCAAACAGGAAAUUUUGGGAAACUACUUUCGGGACCGUUGCUGGCUGCAUGAUUUUAUACAUCAUAGCCAUGGGUUGGGGGAAGAGAAGUGGAUUACUGCAAUGA